UCUGAUUUAGACUCCUUCUGACCAAACAAAGGAAGGGGGAGAGAAAUGAAAAAUAGUAGCAUUUGUGUCAGUAAAAAAUUCUAAGGGUUAACAUAACAUGGUGUAAACUGUUUCAUCUGUUGCUCCUACUUGCCCAUUUUAAUCAGCAGUUACUAAGUAGAGCUUAUAUGCACUGAACUUGAAGAAAGCUAAUGGGAUAUCUGCAUAAUGUUGUACCCAGAGUACUUAUGCCAGAAUAGGAAAGCCUUUAAUUCUGUAAUUCUCUUGAGUCAAGAAAAGCUUUCUGAAGAGUUACUUUAAAUUUAAACUCUCAUUCUAAUGUUAGGCAGCCUGUUGGACCUCCGAGUUAAAAAUUGCUUCAGCUUUAGUUACUAGAGCCAGAUGUAACAUUGACCUUAAAUGGUAAAAGCUCCCAAGAGUGAAAGAGAGGCUGGCCCGAGGGGAAAAAGAGGAAUAACUGAAGUUUUAGGCACGACCAGGGCAUGCAGUGAUGUAUUGAUGAGCACACUGAUGUGUUAAUGAGCACACUGAUGUAUUGAUGAGGACAGUUCCCUGAUUCCUGGGCAGGUAUCACACCUGCAGAUCACGAGGCCUCCCAGCGCUUAUGCCUUCAGGCUAACUUGAAGCAGAUACUCCCAGCAGUGCAUGGUCCUCUUAGUCCACAUUGUUGCAGCUCCACGUGCUUCACGCUGCCCACCAUGCCAACCUUACCUGAAGACAAGGGACAAGCAAAAGAGGCACAGCACAACAGUUCUCCUACAGCCAAAGACACAACUGUUGAAGGGACAACAUGCAACACACCUUCUAUUGUUCUUCCAGAGAAUUCUGUGACGCCAGAUGUAGAAAUUGAUAAAUAUCUGGUUAACAGGCCUCGUAGUCCUCAUAGGAGACAUUCUAACUGUGCCACCAGGAAUUCAACAAGUUCACUGACUUCUGUUGACAACAGCGGUCAUGUGAUUGAUCUGGUAAAUGAUCCACUCCCAGAUGUCAAAAUAUCAGAGGAAGAUAAAAAGAAGAACCUUGAAUUGUUAGAAGAAGCAAAGAAAGUGAGUGAGAGGUUCCUAACACGCAGGGGCAGAAAGUCAAGAAGCAGCCUCCCAGAGUCACCCACAGGGUCUGAUGCAUGCACAACCACUAGUAUUGAAUCAGUAUCUCCAGGGCAGAAUAACAGAACUGUGAAAGAGGAUGACAGGCAAACUGCAGAGAAUGCUUCAAAAGGAUUAAUUGAUAGAAGGCAGAAUGAUCAAAGAAAGAUUUCUCAGGGAAGGUUGGUUCCUCGUUCUGCUGUUUUUGAAAUCUCCAAAGAGAAGCUCUCAGACCAAAAAGAAAACUUUGAUCCACGUAAGCAUAUGGAUACUUUACCUAAAUGCUCCCCUUCAUCUGGUGAUGGUGGCAGAAUGUCUCUUAACACUUGCGUGAAUGUUUGUGAAAAUGAACUUGGAAAAUCAUUUCUCAAGAAAGGGAAAGAGAAUGAUGUUCCUUUAAGGUCCCAUCUACCAGGACCAGGAAUAGGAAAUGUGGACUCAAAGCUAAAAGUUCCUGUUGCAGAAAUGAGGGACCAUAAAGUUCCGUGUAAACCACAAUUUAAACUGUGUGGGUUGCGUCCUCCCCUGUUACGGGCUGUGUCCUGGGAUAGCUUGGAGCCUGGACACAAAGAGAAAACACCUUUGAAAUUCGCAUCUGAGGAAGAGAAAAGCUUUGUUGGUAAUAAAUCCAGCAACCAGCUAAAAACUUUCAAAGACCUCCAAAUCCAAGUUCAACCAGUUCGAAUGCAGAAGCUGACAAAGCUCAGAGAGGAGCAUAUUUUGAUGAGAAAUCAAAAUUUAGUUGGACUAAAACUUCCUGAACUUAGCGAAGCAGUGGAACAGGAAAAAGGCCCUUCACCUCUACCUUCCCCCACUGAAGAGGAAGAGACAAAGAACAGCUCUGAUGUUAUGCCCAGCAUUCCUGAUGUAUUGCUGCGAAAACUGCGAGUGCACAAAUCGAUUCCAGGAAGUUCCCCACCACUCACUGAAAAAGAAGUCGAGAAUGUAUUUGUCCAGCUCUCCUUGGCCUUUAGAAAUGAUAGUUACACGCUGGAAUCGAGAAUUCACCAGGCAGAGAGAGAGAGAAAUCUUACUGAAGAGAAUGCUGAGAAGGAACUGGAAAACUUUAAAGCAUCCAUUACGUCUUCAGCUCACCUGUGGCACCACUAUGAGCACAGGGAAGCCUACCAGAAGCUCCUGGAGGACAUCGCGGUGCUGCGGCGUUUGGCUGCCAGGCUGUCGAGCCGCGCCGAGAUGGUUGGAGCUGUUCGCCAGGAGAAGCGUAUGUCAAAGGCAACGGAAGUAAUGAUGCAGUAUGUGGAAAAUCUGAAAAGAACAUAUGAAAAGGAUCAUGCUGAACUGAUGGAGUUCAAGAAACUUGCCAAUCAGAAUUCUAGCAGAAGCUAUGGUGGCUCUGAAGAUGGAGUUCCUCGUUCCUCUAGAUCCAUGUCUCUCACUGUUGGAAAGAAUAUGCCUCGGAGGAGAGUCAGUGUUGCUGUUGUUCCUAAAUUUAACUCCUUGAACAUUCCUGGUCAAUCACCAACAGCUUCACCUAUACCUUCAAUGCCAUCCCUGUCUGAAUCACCCAGUAAUGGAAAAAGCAACCUAACAUGUACUCCUGCUCUGCCAGCACUUCUAGAAAAUGGAAAGUCAAGUGGAGAGCCUGACUGUGAAACCUCAACUCCUGUGCUGACACAGAGUGGUUUGGAAGAGAUCAGUCGUGAAACUAAAGCCAAGAUAGAAGAGGAAGCAUAUAACAAGGGCUAUCAGGAAGGCUUGAAGAAAAGCAAAGAACUUCAGGAACUGAAGGAAGAAGAUGAAGAGACACCCAAAGAAAGUCAUGAUGAACAUGAAGAAAGUGAGAAUGAAGACGAGGAAAAAAACCUGAAAAGCAGCAGACUUGAAGUCAUCGUUAAUUAUUUAUAUAUCCUGUACCCCAAACUGUGCAAACACUGGAAUGUGGUGUGGCUUGUAGUGGCUGCAAUAGUCAUCUUUGCUGUGGUGUUGGGAAUCUACCAUUCCUACAACUCCUGCGAUGAAAAGUCAGAGGCACCUGAAGGGAAGGCCAGCUGUUCUGCUGCCCAUCAGUAUUCCUGGUGGAACUCAGGAUUCCGGCAGCGGCAACGCACAGAGUAGAGGAACAGGUCCCUGAGCAAGUUUGAGUAGUAGAGCACCGUCAUUAAAGGUAGUGCUUAGUGAUUCCCCAUGGCUGUUACACGUGAUCCCUUAGGCAAGUGAGUUACUCCACACCACCAUGUUUGGGGUACAUGGUGAGCAUAUCUUGCCAAGAUGGCAGUCUGAGAAAUAAUCCCGUCUGUCCUGUUAUUCUAAAUAACUUGUACAAAUACAGUAUUGAAGCAUGAUAAGGUUGUGGCAGUAAUCAGCAGCCAGCAGGACAUUUGAAAGAAUGAUUUGCACAGGAGAUUGACAUUUUGAAGACCAUCAUAAAACCUAUAUUUGCACUUAGUGCUUUAUUUUGCAUGUCAUAAAUUUAUUGUUGAUUGUUGAAGUACUAAUUGCAUUUAAGUCCUAUGUGUUUUAAGACUCUAAUUCAUUUCCUUAUUCAUGACUAUUGGUUAGAAGUAGAAACUCUUCCAUGGAAGAAUAUAAUUAUAUUCUAAGACCAACUGCCUUGCUGCUAAAGUAAUUUUAUAAAGGUAUUAUCUAUAUGAUUAUUUAAAUGGAAGGCUAAGUACAUAAAUAUGUUUUAUAAUAUACUUUAAGAAUGGGAC